AUGCGAAGCAGUAUCCUUUUGAACCUUAGCAUAUUAUUUGGCCUUAAUCGACUAGGUAUCUAUGACGUUCUCAAUCGUCCUGUGAAGUUUGAUGCCGUACCAAGUGUACUAAUACCUCCACAGGCCACCUCUAGUUCAACUACAACUGCGUCGCCAGUCAAUCCCACCACUCCAGAGCUUGGCAAAGAAGAGCUAAUAGAACCGGAACCAAUUCCUAUUGGAGUAUCCGAGCCCGAUGAGCGUAUGAAAAAGGUUAUUGAUCUAACAGCCUCUUCACGAAAAAAGGUGUCUGAAACUACAGAGUCACCUGCACUCACGGAGUUGAUCGAAGAGAUCGGCGAAGAUAAUGUGGUCACAACGACAACGCAGCAGCUAAUUGAAGCGACUUCAGCGAAGACGCCCAAGCCGGAUGUGUAUAGACUUUUGAAGACUUUGAAUCUAACCGAUGAAGAGACAAACGAUCUCGUCAGUCAUGUUGAGAAGGUGAGACCUUUGAGAAGUCAUGCAGAAAUGAUAGAAGCAAUCUGAGC